GCUGCCAGCCAAGGGCAUGAAUCGAUGGUGAGAUUGCUCCUCGAUAAUGGAGCAGAUGUUAUGGCGAGUGAUAAUGCUGGACGAACAGCUCUAUCCCUGGCAGCCAGCAACGGGCACGAAGCGGUAGUGAAACUGCUAUUGGAGAACGGAGCUGAUAUUACCGCGAAGGAUAAUGCUGGACGAACU